CCUCUAGUUCACAUUCAGUAACGACCCUUACGAGAACGAAAUUUCCGACUAUAAGAAAUUUUAUUCUGAAUAAGUAUUUAUCUAGAAAUAUAAAAAUAAAUGCAGCCGGGAGAAAAAUUCAGAAAAUAUUUUAAAAAGCAUUUAAAAAUCUCAGUAUGUCGAGUAUUUCAACAGUAGGAAGCAUAUUCAUGUUAUUUAAAAGCCAGUGAUGGUUUGCCCCAGUCGAGUGGCAGAUUCAUUACAUGGGCCUGGAGUUCCUGUGUUUAGGGCUAUUGAAGCUUCGGCAGAAGAGCUUCCUGGUGUUUACUAUUAUGACGAAUUGAACCCUGUUUCUGGUAAUCAACCGGUUUUAACUCAUUUAAAUGUAGUAGCAAGAGGAAAUACUAUAAUUGGUUGGAACGCCCAUAAUUAUGUUCGUCCAAUAUAUGAUGAGUCUGGACAUUUGGCUAAAAUGGAAAUCGAAAACCAUCAUGUCAUCAGAAUCUCAAUCGAAGAAGCUGUACAAUUAGGUGUAUUCAAUUGUACUUCAAAGUGGGAUAAAAAUGUUGCGAGCAGUUGAAAUUACUCUAAAACUGGGUUGACCGAGACAAAAAAGGUUACAGCUGGAUACUUAGAAUCUUGAAUUUUGCAAAUUAUACAGAAUUUCAUGUCUGGAAACUAGGCGGUUUCCCUGCAGGAUUUAAUUAAUUAUAAUUCAAUUUUCAGUUUAAAAAAUUCAUUUAAAAAAAAUAAUA